AUUAGAGCGCUCCCACAUGACAAACCUUCAGAGCGUCUGGAAAGCUGGACGGGAGAACGGGCGCUUUGGGAGCGACCGCUGACAAAUUCCUUCCUGCAUCUUUACCUGCAGCACAGCCAGGCUCGCUUAGGCUCCAACAACUUCACGAACUGUCCUGCUUCUUAGUUCCUGAGACCUCUGUGGCGGGGACGCUCCCAUAAAUUCCUCCCUUCGCCCAAGUGAACUUAAUAGAGAUGUUAGAUAGCGCACAGCAUCAUUGCGCUGAAUGUCCACAUAGUGCUGAAGUAUCUGUAGGACGGAUAUAGAACCCGAGCGUCUGGAGAGACUCAUUUUUCUUCCUCUUGUCGUACUUUUUGCUCGGUUUGACACACAACACAGAAGGGUGAGAGCUCGUUUAUGUGUGCGAGUGUGUGAGUGUGUGCAGGAGAGAGCGAGCGAGCGAGAGAGAGAGAGAGACAUUGCACAGUGUUUUUUUUUUCCUUUGGAGCUAAGCUUUCAUGCCGUCAGUCUUGCGCUCUUUGAGAUGGACGUCAGAUUUUAUCCAGCUCCCCCUUCCAGCGUGGGUUCAUGUACGUUACCGACUGACUCUGGGCUGGACUAUUACCAUUCCAACAAGAACAGAUACGCUGCCGCAGACAGAGGCGUGAGGCUCUACAGUUCCCUGCCCAUGCGCCCAAACCCUGAUGGCAAGAGGCUGCCCUCUACUGGGUUUGAUGGUGAAAACAUGUACAUGAACGAAAACAACCACGAGUUCCUCCCGCCAAACCAUAGCUACACAGGCCAGACGGGCGGCGGCGGGGGAGGAGGCGGAGGUGGCGGCACCUCCAGUGGAAACGGCACAGGGGACGAGGACUAUGAGAUCCCGCCGAUCACUCCACCCAACCACCCCGAGGCGUCUCUUCUUCACCUGAUGGAGCAUGACUCUACGGGCUACCUCUGUCAUUCGCUGCCACACAAUGGGCUCAUCAACCCAUACUCCUACACUGAGCUGCCAACGCUCAUGAUGUCGAACAUGUUGGCACAGGAGAGCCACCUCGUCUCCAGUCAAAUGCCCUCGAUGCAGGAGAUGGCUUUGCACCACCACCACCACCAACAACAACAGCAACACCAUCACCAGCACCCUGACGGCGCUCAUUACGAUCCUGCCCGUAACCACCACAUGAUAAACAGCUCACCUCCGAUACUGCCCAACCCCAUGAGCGUUCUGUCUCAGCUAAACCCUCAGGCCAGCCGGAGUGCGCUGCCUCACGGUUCCCCCUCGCCUCCUGGAAGUAAAUCAGCCACACCCUCCCCUUCAAGCUCCAAUCAGGAAGAGGAGACAGAUCCUCAUUCAAAGAUUUUCUUCCAGAUGGCGGGUGAGAAGCGACCAUCUUCGGAGAUGAUGAAGCCCAAGCCCAAGCCCCAAAAGAAGAAGAAGAAGAAGGACCCUAACGAGCCGACCAAACCCGUGUCAGCUUACGCCUUGUUCUUCAGAGACACCCAGGCAGCCAUCAAGGGACAAAACCCAAACGCCACCUUUGGAGACGUUUCCAAAAUAGUCGCAUCCAUGUGGGACGGACUGGGAGAGGAGCAGAAACAGAGCUACAAGAGGAAAACAGAGGCUGCUAAGAAGGAGUACCUGAAAGCCCUGGCCGCCUACAGAGCCAGUCUGGUUUCCAAGACGUAUAACGACCCGGGGGAGAAUAAAACUGCCCAAACAAGCCAGGCCUCGCCACAUAUGAUGCCAACCAACUCGCUGUACAGUGUGCCACCUCCCCCGCAGCCGUCAUCACCAUACUUGGGACCCGGGGCCUUCCCUCUAACCGACCUGCAGAGCUAUGCAGGCCACGCCCCACGCCACGCUCUGUCACAGACGCUCAGCCAAUCGCCGAUGCUGCCCAGCAUUAGUGCCUCUCCACCUUCCUCCUUCCAGAUCAGCCCGCCGCUUCACCCCCACCAGCAGCUAUCCCUGCACCAGAGCUCGCUCCUCAACCAGCCCAUCCGCAUGCAGCAGGUCCAGUCCCAGCCAAUCAUCUCUCACCAGAUGGGGCUACAGGCCUCUCUCCACUCCCCACCUCCAGGGCAGCAGGGUUUUUCCCACCUCCAGUCAGAGUACCAGAAGAGCAUCGGAGGCUCCCAGUCUCCAGGAGCUCCCGGCUCUGGUCCAGGUCCCGGAGUGGCUCAGACCCAUGAGUGGGAUGGAGAAUACUGCAAUCGGGAGUGUGGCAACCACUGCAGUGGCAACAUGAUAGGCAGGGACAAGCCCCUCUACCUCACCUGAAACUGAAGAGUAUCCUCUGCUGACAAACGACGACACCGAGGAGUCAAUUCCCGCUCUGUUCUCCUCACCCAGCCCCAACCUCCUCCCUCUUACAUGCAGUGUACACUUUACAUGCAGCCACACACAAACACACAUUCAGAUUCCUAAAAAGCUGUCACCAUCAACCUGUUUGCUUUUCAUUGUUAAUGUAAUUAUUAUUUUUUCGCAGUUUCUAGAAUUUGUGACCAGAGUUUUUUGACUAGAUGACUACUGUCUGUACCACUUAUUGUAUUAACGGUCUUCUUGCUGUUUAAAUUUGCCAAGCACUUAUAAAGCCUCCCCUCCCUUCUCCCACUCCUCCUCCUCCUCCUCCUCCUCCCUCCAUGCCUCCUCAGUUAUGCGUCUGAGCCCUCUCUGAUCUGGGCCGUGGAGCGCUCCUCUUGUGUGUCACCAUCAAAACGACCCCUUAGGGAUCCCAUCCAGCUUUAAGUAGAAUGAGAACAAAAAAAUAAGUGUUCUUCCUUAUUUUCACCCUAUUUUUUUGUUGUUUUCUUUCCUUUUUGUUGGUGUCUCUGUCUUAUUUAUUUCUUGCUUGCUAUUUUGUUCCUCUCUUUUUCUACUUUUUUUUGGGGGGUUUUAUUUCUCUUAAGCAAUGGGCCCUGUAUCAUAGAGAAAUAUUAACUCCUAGUAUGUUGAGCAUAGGCCUUGAUGUUAUGGUAGCUGUGCUUACGGGCCAGAAGAUUAAAAGCUCGGUGGGGAAUGAGUCAGAAAAAACAAAGCAAAUCUUUUUUUAUUAUUAAUAAAGACCUGUAGAGGUCUACUGAGCUGUCACAGUGUGAUUGUAAAUAUCACUUUUGUGGAAUCGAAUUGGGAAUCAAAAGUCCAGAUAGAUUUGUUCCUCUAAAAGUACUUGUAUGUUACUGUAUGCGUGUGAGUGCGUCUGGACGUUAGAAUGUAACCCAUUCAUGACGUGGCAUGUGUGCGAGCAGAGGACUAGUAAGUGCGAGUGUCUCGGUGUUUCUCGUGAACUUUAACAAUCCUGCGCAGCUGGAUUUCAGAGGAGUAUUUCACACUUUCACUCUUGCAUUAAAUCUGUGCUCACUCGUGUGUUGUUUUUUUUUUUUUCUUUCCUCAAGUUAAAUGCAAAACCGAAUACACAAUAUAUCUCUUGCAGAUCAUUAAACGGAAAGAGCAAGGUGAGAGACAGCGAGCGCAGAGACAAAAAAGAGACGCUGUGAGAUAAAAUGAGAUGUAAAGUUUCGGGUAGGGAAGUUGUGGGGGGGUCCUUUAAAAUGCCCAACCCGGCCUCCCUUCUUUCCUUUAGGUAUCUGACCAUUCUAUCCAUGUUGUCUCCUCACCAUGCAGGAGGGGGAGACCUGCAACAUGUGAGCAUAGCGCAUCACAAGUGAUUUUUAUAAGUUUCUGGUUCGUGUUUGGUUGUGUUUUUAACUCUUGUGUGAUUAACGGAAAAUGCAUUUUGCUGACAAAGACAUCUCGUUUUUAUCUCUUUUGUGUAGCAGAAUUUCAGUUUUAGUCGCUGCAACACGAUAACAUUUUAAGUUGUGUUAAAAAAAAAAAAUCUAAAAAAAAAAAAAAAAACUGCCAACUGUAGUUAUUUUAUUUGUAAAACCAGUAAUGAUAAAUAUUUGAAAUGGUUAUCCUUACAUUGUUUUUUUUUUUUUGCUAGUCACCCAUCAGCUGUUUGACAGGUUUUCUUAUUUAUAAACGAAAUGAGAUCACUUUUGCUUCUUACAAUGGAGGUGUAUUUUUAUUCUUAUUUUAUUAUUCUCUGCUUUAGUUUGAUAAAUAAUGAUGAUGACGAUCACAAGGACGAUUAUUUGGUUAUUUUUUUAUAUUUUGGAUGCUGCCAUUUUUUUUCUUUCCUUGCCAGCAGCAUCACUUUCUGUCAUAAUGCUUCUUUUAUUUCAGACCUGCAUAAUAAAGAAAAAAAAAGUUCAAAAAGUGA